GCGGUCAGUCUGUAAAUAACCUCAAAGCAAUAUAGAAAUUCCUCGAGAUAUUCAAUUUUGUAAACAAAUAAUAAUUUAGCGAUUUUUGUUGACUGCUUUGGUCGGAGAUGGCCAACGACAGUGAAAAGGGCAGCAGCAAGCCGGAAGCAGCGAUACCAGCUAAACGACUGUCGACAACAGCGCCGCCUGUUGCCAACAACAACAAUAACAACGCGACGUCGGAUGGAAGUAAAAAGUCAAAUGGAAUGACACGGUUAACGCCAGCGAGGGACUUGACGUUGGGAGGACGUGGUACCAGUCGCAAGGUAUUUGCGCCCAACUUGAAUGCAGUGCGCAACAAGAAUACAAAUGUGAAGACAUCCAAGGAUUUCACCCAGUCUCGUGGUCGCGGGCGAGGUGCACGCGGAGCUGCUGGUGCAGCACGUGGGCGUGGCGCUGGCGGCACUGGCAACUCAUCGCUUAUACAGACUACAGGCGUCUUCUCCGAGGGAGCGGGUGCAGUGCAUCUUCGCAAACCUUCGAGUGGAGGCGGCGGGUCGUAUGCACGUGGUGGCGAUGAAGUGACUGUGUCACGUAAGCGUACCAUCGGCAAGGAUGAGAGGACUGCCGAUCAACGUGUGCAGGAUCUGAUCAGCGAUGACGACGUUGAAUCGGCCAGUGAUGAUGAAAUGGGCGGUGAUAAGACUGAGUUGAAUUACAAACCCAUCAUGCUUAAGGAAGGUCUAUGGCUCAGUGAAAAGCAAGUCGUCAAGCAAGAACCUCAAAGCAUUCCCAGCACAAAUACAGAUGCCGCAGCUUUACCUCAGCAGCUAGAAAGUCUCUUCGUACAUGAAACACCCGCGCAAUAUGGACGCUAUCCACGUAGCAUUGAAGCGUUUUUAUCUACGUCACAGUCCCCGCAGCUCUUUGUGAUGCAGCUUCCCAAUGUGUUGCCCUGCGUAGCGGACGAUGCAGAUGACGCGCCCCCUGCCAAAGCGCCGGCUGAUGCAAGUACGUCAACGGAACAAGCCAACAGUCCCAUGCCCGCCACAUCAACAGCAGCAAAUGGACCGAAGCCAAGCGUGCUGCAGCAGCUGGAGGAGGGACAGAUUGGCAAGAUACUGCGGUAUCGCUCGGGACGAGUCAAACUGUUGCUGGGCGACACGCUGUUCGAUCUGGAUCUAGGUCUGGAAUCGGGUUUUCUGCAGGAACUCAUGUCCAUCAGCUGCAAUCGUGAGCAGCGAAGCGGCGAUAUGAUUAAUCUGGGUCACAUUCAAGCGAAGCUCAAGGCCACACCCGACUGGGAGCACCUCUUUGAGCAGCAGGCUCGAGAAGAGCGAAAACGACAGCCAACGCCAGCGGCCACAUAGCUUAGAGAUCUUUAACAGCUUUUAGUUUAAGGAUGCGAUAUUGUAAAUUAUUAAAAGAUGUUUUUUUGCGAGAAGAAAAUGCUCUGUUUAAUUGUA